AUGCCGAACGUCCGAGCGAAUCGCUGCCAAACAAGGCGGCCUCCCUGCUCCUCCCCCAACGGAACGCACCGAGCGUUACCUCAGGCCAACGCUUUCCAGUGGCAGCCCCUCACGCCGCGGGGGAGCGCUGCCAUCUCCCGCCCUCCUCGGCUGCUGCUACUGCUCGGCCGCCCCCGCUUAUCCAGCUCGGGCCCGCGGCCUCAAAGGGCGGCCCUUCUCUCAACCCGGCCCUGCUCUCCCUCACCUGCAGGCCGGGCCCGCCGCCCUGGGCCCCGCUCCCCCGCAGGGCCCGGCCUGUGCGGCGGACGCGGCGCCGUUGCCACGCUACGCUUAAAGGAGCCGCGGCGGCUCUUGGGGGCUAUUGACAGCGGCUGCCCCAGCAACGGGGCGCGAAGGGAGGUGGCCUCUCCUUGUCAGCUAUUGGCUGUCCGCGCUGUGGCCCACAUAGCAAAGCUGCACAGCAUAGCGGUGAGUGUAAACGCUCCACGCACUGGAGCUGGCCACGUGCAGCCAACAUACAGACAGGGCGCUGAGGCACUGCAGCCUUCACACGCGGACUGCGGCACUCGCCUCCUAAAGCAAAUCCCCCUAAAACGCAGCCGUUCCGGCGCAUCGCCGUUUCCCUCCCAAAGCACAACAGUGCAGUCCCGCAGAACUACAUUGCCCGUCGGGCGCUGCGCUCCGCCCCCACCUUUCCCGCCUCCCGCCGUUAUCGCCUCUCAGCGCCGAGGGCUGCGGGCCGGGGAGGCGCUGCCGGGUGGGCGGCGGUGGAGCGGCGCGCCGGGUCCCAGAGCGGCGGAGCUGCGUUCCCGCGGCGUGCUGCCCGUCGCCCCGUCCCGUGGCCGCGGUGCGGCUCAUGAGGUGAAGAUGGUGAUCCGCGUCUUCGUCGCCUCCUCCUCGGGCUCGGUGGCGAUAAAGAAGAGGCAACAAGAUGUGGUGAGAUUUCUAGAAGCCAAUCGCAUAGAGUUUGAAGAAGUGGAUAUUACGAUGUCAGAGGAGAAAAGACAGUGGAUGUAUAAAAAUAUUCCUGAGGACAGGCAGCCUGCACAAGGCAAUCCAUUGCCACCACAGAUAUUCAGUGAUGAUCGAUACUGUGGAGAUUAUGAUUGCUUUUUUGAAUCGAAGGAGAGCAACACUGUCUUCUCCUUUCUUGGACUGAAACCUAGUUUGGCACCUAAGGAGUCAUAACCCCAGAAAACCUCUCUGAAGUAUCAACAACUGCAUCUUCUGGAUGAAUGACCUUGUUCUUUAGCACAUGACAGCUUCACUUAUGGAUCACUGUGAUAGAGCAAACGUAUCCUUACUAGUAGUCUGCUUGCUAUAAGAUGGUGCUCUCCCACCAGUGUGGAGUUAAUAAGAUGUAUAUGAAAUAGGAUUAAGGCUGGGCUACGCAUCUUCCUUUUUAAAAAUACUCAUUGAUGGUAGCACUUCUAUCUUUGCAUUGCUUUUGCAACUAGCACUGAUAUUCUAAUAGACACAUAGGUUUAAAGAUAAGAAGUGGAAGUGCAGGGCUUCUGUCAUUCAUGAAUAAAUUCAUACAGACAGGUUCCUUAUGUUUUUAAUUCUACCAACUACUGUUUCUGAAAUUACCUCAUCAGCACAGUUAAAAUGCUGGUGGUUAUUAGAAUGAUUGUGCUAACUACUAUCCAGAAACAAAAAAACUGUUGAUCUUAACAUCUUAAGAUCUCAGUUCAAGCCAAUAACUGCUGUGUUUUUAUUCUACAUUUAUUUAUUAUUAUGUUUAUGCUAGAUCAUUUUUAUUGUAAGAAACAUGAGUUGCUAACCUUUGUCAUGUAAACUUGAUUUGCCUCAUGAUACCGGUUCUUUAAAAACAAUUGUUAUCAUGAACGGGGUGCCAAAGCAAAAUAUCUUGACAUGGUUCCUUUUCCAAAUGAGUGUGAAAUGCAUGUGAAAUCAUGUGAUGAAACUGUACUGGUUAGUUCAAAAGAAGAGGUCUCAUAGCUAAAGAUUACAUCGUUAUCUGUUUACCAAGAAAGAUUAAACACCCAAAAUUGGACAGUUGGACUGUCUAAAAAUGAAAUUUUGCCAAAACUUUGAAUUGACCUGUAAUCAAACACAUCUCCACCAUUAGCCACAUAAGAGUCAGAGAGAUACUUUUGGAGAGAGCAUUCAGUCCCCUAUAUUGGUAAACACUCUGCCACUGCCCAUCAGCAUACCUAACUCGCCAAGCUGUUGUCCUACCUAUGUCCCCAUGUAUGGAAUGGUGAAGAUGCCUCAAAGACAGUGAGAAAACUGAGCUUGUACUUUGCUGGACGAGGCCAUGACAGUCAACUCAACUGAGGAACAGGAGCCAGGUGGAGAUUGUUUCAGUAGAACUGUUAAUGACAAACAUAGCAGAUGCAAGGCCUGUGAUUUGCCAAUAACCAUUACAAAACGUGUUCUGGAAAGAAGUCAUAUUGCAUUCUGUGUUUUGAAUCAAGUCUGGCUGUUAAAAUAAGAGCUAUGCUGUAAACUGUCUGAUUCUUAAAUGACUUUAUAAUGACUGGAUAGUGCUACUCAAAUACACGUCCUCAUGUCUUUGCAUAAAUGAAGGACAACCAAUCAUGUGGGAAAGCCUUUUUACAAUCACAGAAUCUCUGAAGCCCAGCUUCUUCUAAAAGGUGUCAGAAAUGAACCCUGUCUGUGUAACAAAUCUCAUGUUCUAUAAAAGUCAAUAAACAUGCCGUCCUAUGUGAGUUAGUUGGAAAGGACAACUAGCGAUCAUCUGGUCCAGCUUUCUAUAAACCAGGACUCACACCAACACUAGCUCAGGUCAGGUGUGGACUUGUUUAGCAGCGUUAAAAAUGUCCAGAGAUGGAGGUCUCAUAACUGUCUAUUUAAGCAGUGCUGCAGUAAUCUACCAUCCAGCCUGUUGUCCCAGGUAGUAACUUGCAGCUAUCUUUUCCAGCUCUCACAGGAGGAGUUUGGCACCACCUUUUUGUGACCCAAGAUAGUAGCAAGAUACCAUUAGAUCGCCUCUUAGUCUUCUUGCUAGACUAAACAAAUGCAGCUUUGUUAAACUCUCUUCAUAGACUCUGUGUUUCAGGUCCCUGACUGCUUUGGUUUGGUGGAGGGCUACUCUCUCCAGUUUCUUCUACUGGAGAAAAAGUGGAUAAAAUGUUUCAGAAGUAGCACUCAUCAGUACCAAGUAGUGCAUUGCUGGCCUAUGCCCAACCUGAUUUUCACCAAAUACCGCAGUCACCACCUCGAGGUGGUGACUUUUUUUCUUUUGUUCUUUUCAAACUUCAGGAGGUUCCUGUUAGCCCAGUCAUCAUGGCUAUUGAAAUCCCCCUGGACUGAAGCUCUGCCAGCUGCUUUCAGCCACUCAAGUUCUAUGUUGUUCGCAGUUUUACUGAGGGUACAUACUAGAUAUUUCUCCAAGUCCCUGCCAAAGAUGCUGAAUGAUAGAACAUUAGCCUCUCAGAUUUUGGACAAGAGCCUACUCAAGACUAUAGAGGUAUGAUUUGAGAAAUGUUCAUGACUACCAGUUUCUGGAGUAAAGAACUGGUUACUUUCCUUUUUGUGUUGUCUCAGCUACAAGCUGCUUACAUCUCUGUGACUUUUCCCUUUAGUACAAAGACAAGAAAGCUUUAUAAAAGGAGAUGUUAAGGUUUAAAAUGAUAUCCAUCCAUAAAUCUUUGGACCCUCUUUGGUCCCUCUUUGGACCCUUGGGUAUCUCUUCAGCUCAGCUAGGGGAGCUAGAUGGAGCAAGAGCAUGCAUGGAUUUCAUGUCCAUGGUGGUAUUUACCAGACAAAGUCUUGGUUAGAGCAUCUUCUCUAGAGGACCCCUGAAUGGGGGUUGAUAACAUUCAUAUGUAUGUAUGUGUGUAUACAAGUAUAUGUAUAUGUAUUUUUAGGAUUUAUGUUGUAUGUAGUAAGUUAUUAUUUCACUCUUGUCACCAAUCCCAUAUUUUCAUGAGACUUGACCUUUAAUAUAAGAAGGGAAUGUGACACGAGAUAGAGCUGUACAUUAACAAGUUCUAUGUAAUUAUUUUUUUUU